CAAAACUUACGUACAUGCAAUCAAACAAAAUAUUUAUUUUCACAGAUGUAAUACAUAACUGCUCUUCAGCUGUAUCAGCAGUAACUGUAAAGCAGAAAACGUAGCUGUAAGAUGAUUAACUCACUUUCAAAAAUUGAGAAAUGAAACAAUUUUUACGAUAGCGUUUGAUCUUUAUUUAUUACGGACUUUUCGAAAUGCCGACCGAUUCCCCAACUGGAAGUGGGAAAACUAAUCCGAGUAGCCAAAUAAAUUCGGAGUCGGUGCAGCUGAAGAAACAGCAGAAGAACAAAAAGAAGCGUCAGAAAACAAGCGGCCUAGAUGGCAAUGAAGCUUCCGCUGCAACUGACCUGCUCAGAGUGCGCCAAUUGGAGUCGACAGUGAAUGGGAACUUGAGCAAGAAACUCAAAGACACGUCCAUAUCACCCUCAAGCUCAACCGAAAACCAAGUUGUCACUCCAAAGAAAAAGUCAAAGAAAAAGCUGAAAUGUACAAACAGCUUCUCCGCUUUGCCCAAACUAGCCGAGCAGGAGGCGAAAGUAAAUGGCGACCAAAUUAUGAAAGGAGAAUUACAGAGCGAAGUUACCGACAGUAAAUAUCGCAAAUUCGGAGUGCAAAAAGAGACGAACCAGAAUAAUUUCACGAAGAGUGAUUUUGAAGAAGAAAUGCGAAAGAAGGAGCACAACUCGGUUCUGAGGUGGGAAUUCGCAGUAGACGAUGAAAGGAAGGAACGUGAACGGAUUGAGGAGUAUAAACGGAAAAGGCGGGAGAGGUUUUAUAAUCAUAUAGGAAUAGACGUCCCAAGAACUGGUUCGAAUGACGAAAAAAUUGAUAUUGAUUUGGUUUUUGCUUAAGCUUUCCGAGAAAAAAAGUUGAAUGUUUGCAUAUGUCUCCUUAGAAUUUGUUUUUGAAUUGACAAAUCCAAGUUCUCAUCCGCUAAUUUCAUUCUAAGUUGACAAAUCUAAGU